GUUGUGUACAAAAAUUCCCAUACGGCCUCUUUGGGACUUCAUAUCUCGAGUCCCGAUGGCGGGAAUUAAAUAUAAAGCCUAACAUUAGUACUUGGAAAUCGAAUAGCGGAUUUUACACUCAAUUCCCGCAACCAGGUCUUGAGAUAUUGAGCCCCAAAGAGGCCGUGCAUAAA